CAGCACUAGCAAGUAACUAACUGCGAGCUUUUCCUUGUUUCUGGUGAUCAAAACAGCUUCUAUUUCGACUUCUAUUCAGCAUAUAUCGGCAUUGGAAUGAUAUGCCCCUUCGUCAUAACCUAUUCACAAAUGCUCGGGGCAAUCCUCUCGUCGGGUAUAUUGUGGCCUUACAUAGAGACCAAGAGUGGUGACUGGUAUCCUGCAGACGCUCCCACAGCUCUAAGCGGUACUCAAGCUUAUAAACUCUUCAUUGGCCUCUCCAUCAUAAUCGGUGAAGGAGCUUAUAACCUUGUAAAGAUCAUUGUUAUUGGGUUGAUCAAGCAUAAGAACAAUGAAAAUUCUUCUGCUUUGCCUGUGGAGAACCCCUUCCGUGGGAAAAACCCUGUCCCCUAUGAUGAAGAGGUUAGAAACAAGUCCUUCCUCAAGGACCAAAUUCCAAAGAAAGUGGGAAUCGUCGGCUAUGUCUGCUAUUUCGCAAUUACUAUGACAUCCGUAGCAGUAUUCCCAUUCAUCUUCCCUAGUCUCAAAUGGCACCACGUGCUGACCCUGUACCUGAUAUCCCCCUUGUUAGGAUUCUGCAGAGCCUACGUGACCGGUUUGUCCGACAUGUCGAUAUCAAUGUUUUAUAGGAAGCCGGUCAUCUUAACCUUCGGUUUCUGGGCUGGAAAGUCCAGCGGCAGCAUCCUAGUCGCGCUCGCCGCUUGUGGGAUACUCCUGCAUUUCGUGGAGGCAGCUUCCAAUAUGAUGGAGUCCUUCAAACUAGGGUACAAGACACUUUCCUCCCCCAAAUCCCUAUUCUUGAGCCAACUGAUUGGGACUUUAGUGGGCUGUUUUGUCUCUCCAUGCAUCUUCUUGUACAUCAAGAACCACCACCCAGUUGGGUUUGGAACAUCAGAUUCCGUGUUUUCAGCUUCCUGGGCCAUCAGCGAUAGAGCUGACGCCAUGGAUGCAGCAAACGGGUUCUCGACACUGCCAAAGCAUUGCCUCAGCCUUUCUCUGGCGUUCUUUGUUGCGGCCAUUCUAGUCAGCAUGGUCAGAGACUCGAUGCCGAAGAAGUGGAAGAGCUUGAUACCGAUCCCCAUGGUGUUUGCCGUGCCGUUCUACGUCGGAGCAUAUCUCAGCAUUGACAUGUCUGUCGGGUACUUGAUUUUCUACCUUUGGAGGAGGAAGAACAAGGCCCAAGCCGAGGGGUUUGCUCCUUUCGUCGGGUCCGCACUGAUGUUUGGGGACGGACUGUGGUUGUUUCCUAGUACAGUACUCAGUAUGAAGAACAUAGUUGCACCAAUGUGCAUGAGAUUCCUGUCCAAGGAGAUGAGCGCUCAAGUUGAAACUUGCCUCAGCAGUGGUUCUUGA